UCCUUGCUGCGCUUCCUCGUGACGAUCCGAGGGGAAGAGGCGUCGACGGGCCAGCUCCGCGACGACCUCAUGACCAUGCUCGUCGCCGGCCACGAGACGACGGCGGCGCUGCUGACCUGGACCCUCUACGAGCUCUUCCACCCGUCGAAGCGCGCCGCGGGCCACUUGGAACGGUUGCGCGCGGAGGUCGACGCGAACUUCGCGCUCCGAACAUCCGAGAACCGGACCGCGACGGCCUACGCGGACGUCGUCGACUGCGCCUUCGCGCGGCUCUGCCUCGCCGAGGGCCUGCGGCUCUACCCGCAGCCGCCCCUGCUCAUCCGGCGCGCGCUCGACAGCGACGAGCUGCCGCAGCCCUACGCGGACGAGGACCGCGUCAAGAUCGCGCGCGGCACGGACGUCUUCAUGUCCACGUGGUCCCUCCACAAGAACCCGGCGCUCUGGGACGAGCCGGAGAGCUUCGACCCGACGCGCUGGGAGCGGAAGAAGGAGCCGGGCCCGGACGCGCCCGCGGGCUGGCGCGGCUACGACCCCGCGAAGAUCCCGGCGCAGGCGCUCUACCCGACGGAGCAGUCGGCGGACUACGCCUUCCUGCCCUUCGGCGCGGGCAACCGGCGCUGCGUCGGCGACCAGUUCGCCAUCCUCGAGGCGACGGUCAUGCUCACGACGCUCAUCCGCGAGUUCGACUUCGAGUUCGCGUUGGACGACCCGUCCACGCUCGCGCCGAAGACGGGGCUCGGCGGCCUGCCGGUGGCCGACGUCGGCAUGCGCACGGGCGCGACCAUCCACACGGAGCACGGCCUCUGGAUGACCGCGAAGCCCCGCGAGCACCCGUCCUAA